AUGUCAGCAAACGAUGUUUUGGACGUAUUAAACAUCCAAAGAGAUACUUCUGGACAACCAGCUAAGAAGAAAGCCAAGACUUCAAAUGAUGGUACUACCGGGCUUCGUCAAAGUGGAAUGGCACGGGAGUUAUAUAAUCUUUUAGGACCUAAUACACCACCAGUGAAUCUUCAAAAUACCGCCAACAACACGGGAAUUAAAGAUAAAUGGAAGACCAAGGCCACUCCUUGGACAUUGCAAGAGUUUAGACCUACGGCAGAGCCGGGUAAAGAAGAAGGGGUCAAGUUAUAUCAUUGGGUUCGUGGAGCCAAAGAGUUACUUCAACAAGAAUCAUUGAAACAACCUUAUUUCUUCAAGAAAUUCAACACCAACGUCGAUAUACCCGAACUAGUGGAUGAGAAGACGUAUGACAAAUUCAUGGUAGAGAUCAAAGAGCAUGUGAAGGAAGAGAAGAAGAUUCAAAGACAAAAAGAGAAACAAUUGGAAAAGGAACGUAAAGCUAAGGAAAAGAAGGAAAAACAACGUCAAGAAAGAUUGGAGAAAGAGAAAUUAAAAGCCAAGGAAGCCAAAGAAGGUAAGAAGAAAGAGGUCAAAGAAGAAGAAGAGGAAGAUGAACAAGAUGAAAAGGAAGACGAUGAAGAAGAAGAAGACGAAGAGGAAGAUGAUGAUGAUGAAGAAAUUGAAGAUAAUGAACCAGAAUGGACAUAUGAAGAAACAGCAUAUUUAUUUGAUUUGUGUAAAGCUUUUGAAUUAAAAUGGCAUAUCAUUCAUGACCGUUAUCAUCAUGAAAAUGAAAGAUCUCAAGAAGAUUUAAAAGAACAAUUUUAUCGAAUUUGUAAGUAUAUUUAUGCCAAUGAUACAAAUGGGAACCCAACAUUAAUUGAAGGUUUGGGUGCAUUCUCCAAAAUCAAAGAAACCGAAAGAAAACAGUAUCUUGAAAGAUUAUUAAGAAGAACUCCAGCAGAAAUUGCCGAAGAAGAAUCUUUGGUGAUUGAAGCCCGUAGAUUCGAAUUAGCAGCUAAGAAAAUGCUUGUGGAGAGAUCUAAUUUAUUAACAUUAUUGGAUUAUCCCCAAAGUUCUCAAUCAGUUUCUCAAUACCAAUCAUCUCAAGGUAUAGCUAACUUAUACAGUAAUUUGAUGAUUAUGGACAAGAAUCAAAAGAAACGUCAACAGAGUACUGCAGUGGAUCCAAUUCCACCACCAAUACCUUUGGCUGCUUCUUCAUCCAGUAGAAAAGAACGUAGUUUCCAAACUCAUUUACAACAAUACUUAACCGGAUUAGUUAAACAAAAUCAACAACAAAAUGGUAAACAUGAAAUGUCUGCCGUACAAGCUUUGCUUACUAAAAGACUUUCUGUCAAAGAUGAAGAAGCUUAUGGUCUUCAUUAUCAUAAUAAUGAGAAGUUAACUCCAGGUGUAGUACUUCGUUCAUCUCAAAGGCUUCAUGGUUUACAACAAAGGCAAUCAGUAUUGAAGUCAGUUAACACCAUAUUGGAAGAAUUAGAUAUGGCUACAGCUGCAGGAACUUCUUGGAAACCAGUUAUGCCAACUAGAAAAACCAUGGCUAAGUAUGAUGAACUCUUACGUUCAGUGAUAACUCUUUUAGAUCUUAAACGAGGUAGAGAUAAGUUAGAAUCUGAGAUCCAAUUGAUAAGGAGUCAAAAGGGUUUAGAAUAG